CCUUUCUCAAUUCCUUCCCCUUCCUGCUGGGCUUACCCGAACGUCCCUCGCUCUUGGUCUUCUUGCCCUCGACAAAACUUCUGGCCGAAUUCAUCUCGCAUUCCCUUUGAGGACCUCAACAAGGUUGGAAGAGCACCAAAGUACACCUUUGCACACCCGCCUUGAGAGCGCGAACUGCAUCGCACCGCAUACCACCUUAUCCUUCAACGGGAUCCCUGAUACUGAGUCGCCCUGCUACCUAUCUCUGGACCUCUCAACCCUUAUCAACUCAAUCGACGACCUUUUGGCUUUCGUCAGCCUUGGCCCACCCCCUUCUGGAGACUGUGUGCUGCAACCAGUGCUGUCUAUCGGACGACACGAAACUGCCCAAUCAGUUAACCUCCUGCUUCCGUCUGCCUCAGCAAUUUGAUUAUCGACUCGGACUUGUCUUGGGGAGGCUUGUGCUACUUCAUCUUUUGUUUGCGCGACAUCACCGACCGUCGGCCGCCCUUAAGCGAUACUUGCAGCUCCAACCUGGCGCAACGACAGCGACGAUAAGUCAACAACUACGACCUCUAGAGGGCGCUCUCACGUCUGCAAUUCUGCGACUGUGGACACUCGCCGUGCCGGGGUACCUAUCGGUCACUUUCUUCUUUCUAUAAAGACGCGUUUUUCGGGUGGUGUCAAAGACCACCCUUUCAUUCUCAGGAGCCAUGCUUCUUCCCAAAGGCGGAAUCAACUGGAAGUCUGCCCAGGCAAGACUACCUCCCACCAGAGCAGUAUGGUCCUUCUUGACUAGAACGCGCUUUCUUCUCCUUGUUGCCCUGACCGGCACCAUUCUGCUACUAUGGCGCGGUAUUCGCUCCUCAGCUUCGGAAAUGCAGAGCUUCUACUGCUGGGGCCCCGCGAAACCCCCCAUGGAGAUGUCGCUCAAUGAGCAAGCUUCGUGGGCCGGUCACCUUCAGACCCCCGUCAUCUUCAACCACCACGAGCCCCUGGAGAUCAACCAUACCUCCAUCAUCCACGUCGACCUCAACCCUAUCAAGUCCACGCGCAAGGCCGUUACCAACGAGGAGCGCGUUCUGAUUCUCACGCCUCUCAAGGAUGCUGCUCCGUAUCUGUCAAAGUACUUUGAGCUGAUUGCCGAGCUGACCUACCCUCACCACCUGAUCGAUCUCGCCUUCCUUGUCGGUGACUCCAAGGACGAUACCCUCGCCGUUCUCGCUUCCGAGCUGGACCGCAUCCAGGGCCGUCCUGACAAGAUCCCCUUCAACAGCGCCAUGGUUGUCGAGAAGGACUUUGGUUUCGAGCUUAGCCAGAGCGUUGAGGAACGCCACUCGUUCAAGGCCCAGGGUCCCCGACGAAAGGCCAUGGGCAAGGCUCGCAACUACCUCCUUUCUGCUGCCAUGAAGCCCGAGCACUCUUGGGUCUACUGGCGUGACGUGGACAUCGUUGACAGCCCCAAGAAGAUUCUGGAAGAUUUCAUUGCCCACGAUACCGACAUCCUCGUGCCGAACAUUUGGUUUCACCGCUACCGCGAUGGCCGUGACAUCGAGGGUCGCUUUGACUACAACUCUUGGGUCGAGUCUGAUAAGGGUCGUAGACUGUCAGCCAGCUUGGACAAGGACGUCGUUCUCGCCGAAGGAUACAAGGAGUACGAUACUGGACGCAGAUACAUGGCCAAGGAAGGCGACUGGCGCAACAAUAAGGAUGAUGAGCUCGACCUCGAUGGUAUUGGUGGCGUCAACAUUCUCGUAAAGGGAGAUGUCCACAGAUCAGGAAUCAACUUCCCGUGUUACGCCUUCGAGAACCAGGCCGAGACAGAAGGCUUUGCCAAGAUGGCCAAGCGUGCUGGUUACCGAGUCGUCGGUCUACCCAACUACGUCGUAUGGCACAUUGACACUGAGGAGAAGCCCGGAAACGCAUGAUUUCAUUAAGGAUGCGUUUUUAGCCUAAUUCCUUCCGAUUGUACGACGAUUUUUUCCGACUUGGUCCGCGGAAUGCGGCUGGCGGAGCACAGCACUGUAUGACCACGUAACGAUACACACACAUGGUACUUGGGAGCGUUUCACGAGGAGGCAUUUCCGGAUACUGGUCCCAAGCUUCUUGGCCCACGAAUAAUGGGUGGGAGGCCAAAGUGUUGGUAAAUGCCUCGGCUGCUCUGGUAACCACGAGCUCGACUUUGCGCCACAUAUAUAUCUGACGACAACCUGACCUUUCUUUGGCUCGACGUCGGUUACUUGAAUGAGCUAGCCAUGAAACGCAAGACGGACGAAAAGAAGAGGGAUGCUCUUUUGGCGACUCAUACCGCAUGAAAGGAUGCCUCGCUGUAAUAAUAGACUUGGUUACAUCACCCGUUAGCAUAGGAGGGGGAAAGGUAACGCCCAACAUAGGAAGGGGAGCCCCCUAUUCGGCCUCGGACUUUGGUAUGUGGUGACGCAAGCAGCACUUUAUGGAGAGAAGAGUUGCUUGGUGAAGUUUCCUCUCGACGAAUGAGUGUGAUAUCUAGGGUAUGAGGAAACUCUGGAGUUCAAAGAGGCGUAAUUUAUACAUUUUGAUUUGUCCCGAA